GCCCCUGGGGCAAAAGAUGGUUUUGCAAUCGCAUCUUCUUCCCUGACUUUGGCCAAGUUGGGAUUCGUCUGGCCCGAACUCGCUCGGCUCGGAGGUGGAUCGAGGGCGGGUCUCGGCUCUGGUUGCAGACGACCGGUCGCCUGACUGGGCUCCGCCCAGGCUUUCCGGUCAGAUUUAUCCCGUGACCCCAGACUUCCCGGGUCUGUCUCAUUCGCAGCCACCAUGCACUCACUGGCCUGGCCUGUCCUGCUCCUGGGGCUCUUUGCCUGCGCUCGAGCCGAGCCCGUCAAGUAUGCCAACUGCACCGAGCCGAUGGUUGGAUUUCUAAAGGACUUACAUGUGGAUCCUUGCCCUAAAUGGCCCUGCAUACUGAAAAAAGGAGAGACCUACAGCAUCAAUACUACUUUCAUCAGCAAUACGAAUUCUCAAAACUGCACAGCUGUGGUGGCAGGUAUCAUAAUGGAUAUGCCAGUUCCCUUUCCCAUUCCUGAGCCAGAUGGUUGUAAGAGUGGAGUUAGCUGCCCCAUCCAAAAAGGCAAUACCUACAGCUACCUUAAUAAGCUACCAGUGAAGAAAGAAUACCCCUCUAUAAAUGUGGUGGUGCAGUGGAAACUUCUUGAUGACAAAAAACGUCCUCUUUUCUGCUGGCGAAUACCAGUACAUAUUGAAUCCUAGAGUUACAUGGUGCUGUUCUGUCCAUGUGGGUGCAAGAGAGCCUAGGUGGAAAGAGGGAAGGAAAAAUCAAGCAUAAACUAAAUCAGUGUUGGGACCUCUGAGAUGUAGCUCAGCAGUCUAGAGCAUUUGCCUAGCAUGUAAGGAGGGCCUGGGUUCAAUUCCCAGCACCUUCCAGAAAAAAAUGCAAAAAAAAAAGUCCUAAACUAAGUCUGUGCUAUGCUGUUCUCUUGUACUUAACCUCCAAAAAACUUCUAAGACUGUAUCCUGGUAGCUCAGGUGGUUGGUUACCCUUGUGAUACUCUUUGCAGAAGAACUGAGGGAAUGUUAAGGAGUGAGACAGGAGGGAUUGAUUUAAUUUUCUUAGUGUGUUUUGCUAUUGGAAGAAAGAGCGUCCAGCCUGACAGGACCCAAGUGAGGCUGCUUAGGGCUGAUUUCUUGACUCCCACAGCAGAGGACAGGGUGCAAAGCACAUCUAUCAAGCUGGGAUCCAUCAAACAACUUCUGCGAUUUGCUCCUCUGGCAGUGCCUCCUAAGACCAGUGUAUCCAGCCCACCACCUACUGAGGCCUUACCUUCAGUGCUGGACUGUGGAACCUGGGAGGGAAGGUGCCACGACUGAAACUCCUCUCUGGAUGACUGUUAUUGUUUCCCAUCUCCUUUUUCUGUCUUUGGGGGUUUCAUUAAAUGCAGCAUCUUUUGACUAACAAA